CUCCUCCUGUCUGUCUCUCUCUCUCUCUCUCCACCACGUCUCAGGCGGCGUGGAAUCCUGGCUGUGUUUAAUUGCCGAGUGGCAAGAUCUGAGGGAAAGAUCGGGAGCCGCUGCGUCUGUCAACGCUUUACGAGCCCCAACCCCGGGAGAGAGAGACAGGGAAGGUGUAGGAAGGAAGUGUUUGGAGUUUGGGAACGGGUGAGCUGGGGAAUUUGUACGCAGUGGGGAGGUGAAGAAAGAGGUGAAACGCUGAAGUAAGACUUCAGAGUUGGAGAAAAAAAAGAGGGAGGGAAAGAAAAGAGGCCCACCGUUGGAGAAAGGGCAACGAGAGGGAAAAGUGGGAAAACAAGAGUAAGUUAGAAAAAGGAGGAAGGAAGGAAGGAAGGGGGAGGUGAGCGAAAAGUUAGAGAGGGAGAGAGUCAAACGCAGUGAACGAGAGGAGACGCAGAUGAGAAAAACAGACGCUGUGGAUGGCCUGGGUGGAGAGAGAACCAGUUGUUUUCUAAGUCGCCUUUCGGACUGGAAUGCACUCGGAGAAUUUGAGAUUCCCGACUCCUUACUGCCAACUUUGCUUGCGACGUGCGCCGGGCCCCGCAGACGGAUCAUGUCUGCAUAUGGAGUCCGGAGUAGCCCCGUUCCCAAAGGAGUUGGGGAUGGAGCGAGCAGAGAGGACUGGAGCGUCUCCGGUUUACGCCGAGGAGCUCCGGCAUCCGUGCUACAGGUGGGACUCGGCGUGCGUUCGGGAGAUCCGGCGGGAAUGCGGAUGCAUCCAGCGGUGGUAUUACCCAGAGCUGUUGCAUCCUUUCAACGGCGACCAUGUUUUGAAGGUCAGAGGUCACCGGUGCUACUCAUCCUAUGUUCAGGAAUGGGACAACGUUCAUCAGCCUGAAUAUAACGGACAUUGCGAGAGGAGACGGGUGUCAUUCCGGCAUCACAAGGAGAGACCCGAGACUGGCAGACAAUCACACUGUAACGGGCCGAACUCUAAUCAGGCUGGUUUUUUCCCAACCGAGGUGCCGUCCAGCAAGUUGGGCCGCUCCAAGGCACUCAGGAACGGGCUGCAGGUGAACGAACCACAGCGGGAAGUAAGGACAUCUUGGGGGGACGCGGGUCUGGAGGAACAUGGCAAGCAGAGGAAGAGCCAGGGAACAGUACGGGAACAGAUCAAACAAGUGGUCACGGAGCUCGAGGAAGUGCUGGGUGGUCUCAAACAGGUCCAGUUGGAGAUGAAAGAGGUGGUCCAACAGAUCGACAUUCUGACGUCCAAUAUUGACCUUGGUGAAGACGAACCAAGUCUAGCCAAUGGACUCUCCCAAGAUGCCACCAAAAGCAGUCAGACUGGUGUUGUGGCAUUGAUCCACAAUUCAAACAGCGAAGAGGACAUGUCCACUUCCAAUUCCUCUCUCGCUCACAGCCCUGUCACUGUGGAUUUACUUCACAUUAACAGUCCUUCGCCAAUGAGAAACUGCAUAAGUCCAGCCCCUCCUGAGCAACGAUCCGUUGCUGUUGAGGAUAAAAGCAAACGAGUUGUGAAACAGAGUUCAGAGACUCAGAGGACUCAAAGGACAGCCAAUGGAAACUGCCUACCGCAUCGAACGGCAAGGAAAAGCCAACUGGAAAACCACAGACCCCCUGUAGCUCCAGCAGUGUGCACUAACUCAAAUAAAACCCACCGGCCUCCACCUUACCCUCAGAAUGGACAGGUGAAGAUGAGGACGCCCCCCUAUCCUGGGAAACAUAAGAUGCUCUCCUCCACCGUAGUGGACUGAUGCCACACAACCCAGCUGACUCACACCAGAGGACGGAGAAUCCCAGGCCGAGGGGCAGUGACUGUUUCCCAUGGAAAACGCCAAAAGCAUCUCAAAGCCCUCUUUCUCUCUCACACCCCUGCUGAAAAA